GGGGCUCACCCAGGGCUCCUGUAGCUCAGGGGGCAGGCCUGAGCCCUGCGUCCGCCCCCCCCCACCGCCACGACGGGGCUCCCCAUCCCGAGGGGCUCCGCACUGGCUCCCACCGAAGCAGGGGAUCUGACUGGCUCGGAGCUCGGCUGGAUGUUACAGGCGUGCAAAAUGGAAGGGUUUCCCCUCGUCCCCCCCCCGUCGGAAGACCUGGUUCCCUACGACACGGAUCUCUACCAACGCCAGACGCAUGAGUACUACCCGUACCUCAGCAGUGAUGGAGAGAGCCACAGCGACCAUUACUGGGACUUCCACCCCCACCACGUGCACAGCGAGUUCGAGAGCUUCACCGAGAACCACUUCACGGAGCUGCAGAGUGUGCAGCCGCCCCAGCUGCAGCAGCUGUACCGCCACAUGGAGCUGGAGCAGAUGCACAACGUCCUUGACACCCCCAUGGCGCCACCCCACACCGGCCUCGGCCACCAGGUCUCCUACCUGCCCCGGACCUGCCUCCUGUACCCACCCCUGUCCCCGGCUCAGCCCAGCUCGGACGAGGAGGAGGGGGAGCGGCAGAGCCCCCCGCUGGAGGUGUCUGACGGGGAGGCUGACGGCCUGGAGCCCGGGCCCGGCCUCCUGCACGGGGAGACAGGCAGCAAGAAGAAGAUCCGCCUGUACCAGUUCCUGCUGGACCUGCUGCGCAGCGGCGACAUGAAAGACAGCAUCUGGUGGGUGGACAAGGAGAAGGGCACCUUCCAGUUCUCGUCCAAGCACAAGGAGGCGCUGGCGCACCGCUGGGGCGUGCAGAAGGGCAACCGCAAGAAGAUGACCUACCAGAAGAUGGCGCGCGCGCUGCGCAACUACGGCAAGACGGGCGAGGUGCGCAAGGUCAAGAAGAAGCUCACCUACCAGUUCAGCGGCGAGGUGCUGGGCCGCGGGGCCCCGGCCGAGCGGCGCCACCCGCCCCACUGAGCCCCGGCACGCCGGGCCGCCCCGCUGCCCAUAGCAUUAAGCCCUCGCCUCGCCGGCCCGGACACACGGAGCGAGCUCCCGGGGCCAGAGGCUGGACUGUGGCGGCCAGGCCUCGCCCGCCCCCUCGGCCCAGCCCCCAGACACCCUGCUUUGCCCCCACACACACCUGGACUCCAGCCCCCGCAGGGUGGGCCCCGCUGAGUGACCGGGGUGCGUCCUGGGCGUGGGCGUC